AUGUCAAUGCUGUCUAAUGAAAAUAUCUCAUUUCUUUCUCAAGGUGAACUGAUUCCACCAAACACGGAUCUAGUAUUUGACGUCGAAUUGAUCCAGGUGCAUGAUGGUCCUAAACCACCAAAUGUCUUUAAGAUGAUCGAUAUUGACAGUGAUAAUCUGCUGACUAGGGAUGAGCUGGCGAUGUACCUGGCCCGACAGUCUCAAAUGCAGGGCGUUCCUAUGGACCUGGCUAAUGUCCAGAACCUCAAAGUCCUGAAUAACAUAUUCUCAGUGGAAGACAAGGAUAGAGACGGACGAAUUUCACAUGACGAGUUUACUGGACCCAAGCACGAUGAACUCUGA